UUUUCAGUAAGGCGUUAUUGUGGAUGCAACAGGAGAGGGUCCUUCACACGGAAACCAGCGCUAAUGACCGAUGUUUGUUUUGCUACAAUUAGCAGUAUGCCUGCUGAACGCAAACGCUCAGUAAACAUGGAUGAAAAAGACGUUUGCACCUUCAGCAACAAGGAAAAGGAGAAGGACCGAGAUGGUGAGAGGAGACCAGAUGGUGAGAGGAGACCAACGUCCGCCCGGGACAAAGGGAAAGACGAGGCCAAAAUGAGUGGCAAAAAAGACAGCAGCAAGGAGGAGAAGAGGAAGCGCAUCGAGGAGGAAAAGAAGAAGAAGGAAGAAAAGGAUCGAAAAAAGAAAGAGGAGGAAAAACUGAAAGCGGAGGAGGAGCAGAAGAAGAAAGAGGAAGAGGAGAAGAAACAACAGGAGGAGCAGGAGAAGCAACUCCAAGAGGAGGAGGCCAGGAAACAAAGAGAGGAGGAGGCAGCUCUCCUGAAGGAAAAGGAGGAGGGCCAUCAGCUGCACCAGGAGGCCUGGGAGCGCCAUCACUGCAGGAAGGAACUCCGCAGCAAGAACCAGAAUGCCCAGGAGGGCCGACCCGAAGAGGCCUUCUUCAGCCGUCUGGACUCGAGCCUGAAGAAGAACACAGCCUUCGUGAAGAAGCUGCGAACUCUUACCGAACAGCAGCGAGACUCGCUCUCCAACGACUUCGGCUCCCUGAACCUCAGCAAGUACAUCGGCGAGGCGGUGAGCUCUGUGGUGGAGGCCAAGCUGAAGAUCUCUGACGUCGGCUGCUCCGUCCACCUCUGCUCUCUCUUCCACCAGCGCUACGCCGAGUUCGCCCCGCUGCUCUUACAGGCCUGGAAGAAGCACUUUGAGGCGAGGAAGGAGGAGAAGGCACCCAACGUGAGCAAACUGCGCACGGACCUACGCUUCAUCGCCGAGCUCACCAUCGUCGGCCUCUUCACCGACAAGGAGGGUCUUUCUCUGAUCUACGAGCAGCUGAAGAGCAUCAUCGGGACAGACCGGGAAACACACACUCAUGUGUCCGUGGUCAUCAGCUUCUGUAAGCACUGCGGGGACGACAUCGCUGGGCUGCUGCCCCGCAAGGUGAAGCUGGCCGCUGAGAAGUUCGGACUGGGCUUCCCUCCGAGCGAGAUUAUCAGCACGGAGAAGCAGACGCCCUUCCAGAACCUGCUGAGGGAAUACUUCACCUCCCUCACCAAACACCUGAAGAAGGACCACCGCGAGCUGCAGAACACCGAGAGGCAGAACAGGCGUAUCCUACAUUCCAAAGGUGAGCUGAGCGAGGACCGACACAAGCAGUAUGAAGAGUUUGCGACCUCCUACCAGAAGCUGCUGGCCAACACUCAGUCUCUGGCCGACCUGCUGGACGAAAACAUGCCCGACCUGCCUCAGGACAAGACGGUGCAGGAGGAGCACGGCCCUGGGAUCGACAUCUUCACCCCCGGGAAGCCCGGAGAGUACGACCUGGAGGGCGGGAUCUGGGAAGAUGAAGACGCUCGUAACUUCUACGAGAACCUGGUGGACCUGAAGGCCUUCGUCCCCGCCAUCCUCUUCAAAGACAACGAGAAGGGCAAAGACAAGGACGACGGCAAAGACGGAAAAGAGGGGAAGGACGCGGCGAGCACCACGGAGGAGCUGGAGCUGGAGCUGGAGGCUCUCGACAUCACAGACGAACCUCUGGAGCUGGAGGGACCGGACGAGGCGGAGAGUGAGGAACUGGCCAAGAAGCUCCUAGAUGAGCAAGAACAAGAGGAUGAAGAGGCCAACACGGGCUCUCACCUGAAGCUGAUCGUUGACGCCUUCAUCCAGCAGCUGCCCAACUGCGUCAACAGAGACCUCAUAGACAAGGCGGCCAUGGAUUUCUGCAUGAACAUGAACACCAAAUCCAACAGGAGGAAACUGGUCAGAGCGCUCUUCACCGUCCCCAGGCAGAGGUUGGAUCUCCUUCCCUUCUACUCUCGCCUGGUAGCCACCCUUCAUCCCUGCAUGUCAGACGUGGCUGAGGAUCUCUGCUCCAUGCUGAAGGGAGACUUCAGGUUCCACAUGCGUAAGAAGGACCAGAUCAACAUCGAGACCAAAAAUAAAACGGUCAGAUUUAUCGAACUCGCCAAGUUCAAGAUGUUCUCAAAGACCGACACGCUUCACUGUCUCAAGAUGCUGCUGUCAGAUUUCACCCAUCACCACAUAGAGAUGGCGUGCACGCUGCUGGAGACGUGCGGACGCUUCCUCUUCAGAUCCCCCGACUCCCACCUGCGCACCAGCGUCUUACUGGAGCAAAUGAUGCGUAAGAAGCAGGCUCAGCAUCUGGACGCCCGCUACGUGACGAUGGUGGAGAACGCCUACUACUACUGCAACCCUCCGCCCAUGGAGAAGACGGUGAAGAAGAAGAGGCCGCCGCUGCAGGAGUACAUCCGGAAGCUUCUCUACAAGGACCUGUCCAAGGUGACCACGGAGAAGGUGCUGCGGCAGAUGAGGAAGCUGCCGUGGCAGGACCCGGAGGUUAAGAGCUACCUGAUCUGCUGCAUGGUCAACAUCUGGAACGUCAAGUACAACAGCAUCCACUGCGUCGCUAACCUGCUGGCAGGGCUGGUGGCCUACCAGGAGGACGUCGGGAUCCACGUGGUGGACGGGGUGCUGGAGGACAUCCGGCUGGGCAUGGAGGUGAACCAGCCCAAGUUCAACCAGCGGCGCAUCAGCAGCGCUAAGUUCCUGGGCGAGCUCUACAACUACCGCAUGGUGGAGUCAGCCGUCAUCUUCCGGACCCUCUUCUCCUUCAUCUCCUUCGGGAUCAACCAGGACGGCAGCCCCAGCGCCUUGGAUCCUCCGGAGCACCUGUUCAGGAUCCGGCUGGUCUGCACGCUGCUGGAUACCUGCGGGCAGUAUUUCGACCGUGGGUCCAGCAAGAGGAAACUCGAUUGCUUCCUCAUCUACUUCCAGCGCUACAUCUGGUGGAAGAAGAGCACCGAGAUCUGGACCAAAGAUCACCCGUUCCCUAUCGACAUCGACUACAUGAUCAGCGACACCCUGGAGCUGCUGCGGCCCAAGAUGAGGCUCAGCUGCUCCCUGGAGGAGGCCACCAAGCACGUCUCCGACCUGGAGAAGGAGGUGCUCUUCAAACUGGGUCUGGCGAUGGAGAAGGACGGGCGCUCGAGUGCGAUGAGCGAAGGCGAGGUUCUCGACGAGGAAGACGACGAAGGCGAUGACGAUGAAGACGUUGAGACGGAGGAGCAGUCGGGCAACGAGAGCGAGAUGAACGAACAGGAGGAGGACGACGGGUCUGAGAACGAGUUAGAGGAGAGGGAGGAGGAGGAGGAGGAAAACACUGACUACCUGACUGACUCCAACAAAGAGAACGAGACGGAUGAGGAGAACAACGAGGUGACGAUCCGGGGCGGGGGGCUGAAGCACGUCGCCUGCGCUGAAGACGAGGACUUCAUCCAGGCUCUGGAUAAGAUGAUGCUGGAGAACCUGCAGCAGCGCAGCGGGGAGACGGUGAAGGUCCACCAGCUGGACGUAGCCAUCCCUCUGCAGCUGAAGAGCCAGCUGAAGAAGAGCGGCUCCAGAGAGCCCGUCAUCGGGGCGGAGGACGCCGACAUUUCCGACACCAUGCAGUUCGUCAUGCUGACGCGCAAGGGCAACAAGCAGCAGUAUAAGAUCCUGAAUGUGCCGCUGUCCUCCCACCUGGCGGCCAAUCACUUCAACCAGCAGCAGGCGGAGCAGGAAGAGCGAAUGAGGAUGAAGAAGCUGACGCUGGACAUCAACGAGAGGCAGGAGCAGGAGGACUACCAGGAGAUGAUGGCGUCCCUGGCUCAGCGUCCCGCUCCGGCGAACACCAACCGGGAGCGCCGCCCUCGAUACCAACACCCGAAAGGCGCUCCCAACGCCGACCUCAUCUUCAAGACCGGAGGAAGGAGACGCUGAUGGGAGUCUGGGUUCGGGCUGAACGAGCGAGAGCGACAGAACGAAUGAUCAAGCGAGCGAAAGAGAACGAGAAGAUCGGAGGAGGGGAAAACCGGUCGAAACAGGGAACGCCAGACGACCCUUCCCCCUGAAGAUGGGACACUUCUUACCCAAGGAGGAGAGACUUAAAAAACCCAGGGAGCAAGGGGGGAGGGUCAGAGGUCAGGGGGUCGGACAGACGCCUCUCUUUUCUUAUUGUCGGUUGCCUGAGAGGACGAAAAAUACUGAAGUUGGACGAGCGGCAGAAGAGGCGAUCGAGUCCCGCCCUCACACCUGUGGGGGGACUCAUGAUUGGUAGUUGAAAAACCUGCGAGGGGUUUAAAAUAAUUUACACGAGAAUCCGACUUUCUUUUGUUGUUGUUUCUGGACGUUGAAAACCGGGAACGCUGCACACUGAGAUGAGUCCGCAGCGAGGGUCUUAACACCGAGCGCGUGUGUUGGUGGACGGUCGCCCCCGCCACACAGAAAGGAUGAUUUGUGCACAAAAUGUUUGAAAUGCAGCCGAUGGUCUGAGGCUGUUGAUCUCGAGGCAUGUGUUGAUUCACUGAUAACAUCACUUAAGUUUAGGGCAGCGCUAGUUUGAUUUCCUCACAUUUUUUGGCCCGUUUUUCAGUUUCAACGAAGCCCACAGGAAGAGCGUCUGAUCUUAGCAUCACAGCUUCCCCAAAUUGGGCCCAAAAAUACUUUUCCAGUAGACAAACGAUGGGAAAUAGAGGGCUGUCAGUUAGCAGAUAUGUAUAAUUUCCUCUCGAGUAAGAGUACUUAAAUGGGCCUUGUGUAAAUCCCAGUCCUAGGAGUUGUAAAAUACACUUACAGCCAAAUUGGUGAAAGGCAGCGCUAGUGUGCUACCGCUAUAGGUGUCGGGACCAAAGAGGGGAAGGGUUUGGGUGUUUUUGUGUAACUUUUUGGCGCCACUGUGCCCUUCCUCCAAUGCUGUAAAUCUGUGGUUUGAAGCCAGUUUUAGUUUUGUGUUAUGACCCACAAAAUAUGACAUAAAGCAUUAAAAGCGUUAUUUAAAAAAGAUCAGUAGAUGCUUAAAAAUGUCAAAGAAAGUCAAACACAAAGUACAGAAGCAGUGAACCGCAUCAUGUCAAAGAUUAAAGAACGUGCGCUUCAGAGACCCGGAUGUUUGCUUAAUUGGACAGAGCCAGGCUAGCAGUUUCCAUCCGUUUCUAGUCGUUGUGCUAAGCUAAGCUAAUGAGCUAGUAGCCGCUUUACAACUGGUGUCAAUCUUCUUCCAGGAAGAAAGAAAGCAAGGGGCAGCUGGGUACCACAGACAGAGACAAACCAGUCUGAAUGAACACUUCCCUUUCAAAAUAAAAGUCUCAAACCUUCAGACACCUUUGGAUCUGGAGCUGUGAUCACUGGGUGUACAUACUCUGUCCCGAAGUACGUUAUAUUUCCCGCAGAAAAGCACCCAAGAGAUGUGAUUUGUGAAGUGUAUCGUGGUUCAAACCUUCUUUUUGUUUUGAGGGACUACUUUAUUUCAGAUACAGGAUGUGUGUUGAGACCAUUAUAGAUGUGUAAGUAUACUCAUGCAUGUGUCUCCUCUGCAGCGGUUCUACUUUAGUUUGUGUCGAAGCUAUUUCCUUAGCUCUUGCAGCUAUUUCACAAUAAAUGUUUGCAGCUGC